AGAAUUCCUCCUACAAAGUUUUUGCUCCCCUUGUUGUUCACGACGGUAAAAUUAUGACAUCAACUGACCACGAGAUCGAAAUUCCUAGUAUGUAUAAUGUCGUCAACACAGUGUCUUACCACCGCGACUUUCAGAAUCUGACUCAAACUCAAGUUCUUCUCGUAUCUCCUGUUUUCAAAAAUAGCCACAGACAGGAGCAUAGUCUCAUAUCCACCUAGCUAACCCUUGUUCCAUCUCUCGCCGAAAAGCAAAAACUAGAACUAUCUUCAUCGGAAGAUAACGUCGACCGCCUUGGCCUCCACUCUCCUCACAACUUGUUCUUCUAUUUUUCUUGUUGUUCCUCCCUGUCCUUCCUAGACAAAAAAAUGGCAUCUUGUACUCACGCUUCGUGCUCCCCGACUUCGGAGAAUGUCUUCGGAUGGUAUGACUUUGCCUGGUCUGGUGGCAGCUUCGAAGUCUGUUUCCGACCAGGAGGCCACUUUUUUGCUCCCAAAUUCCAAGCCGCUUCCAAGUGGCAGAUGGUAGUCCAGGACGUUGGCGGCCAUGGUCAUAAUGAGGGCAAUGGGCACGCCCACGAAGGUCAUGCUCACGAAGGACAUGCUCACGACGGCCACGCCCACGGUCAUGGCAACAAGAAGUGCAUCGUCCGCAUCGAUUGGGGCGCGAAGUUCGGCCAAUACGUUAUGCCAAUUCCACAAAUCCAUCAAAUAAAUGCGUAUCCUUGGCGACGUUUUUUCAAAGGGAAUAAGAAAUGUCAAAGAUGCACUUCAGGAUAAGUAUUACAUAUUUGUAAGAUCGUCAUCUUCUUCUUCUUCUUCAUCAUCAUCGUUAUCUUCUUCUUCAUCAUGCAGCAUCAUCAUGGUGCAGCGUCAAUAUUAUUGUAAGUUCUUGUUCUAAGUAUGAACUUGAAUUCGACCCAGCGACGAAAGCGAUGAAGGGUAUGUGUACCUCUACGCCGAAUGCGAGUAUGGAAAAGGACUGGCGCACAGCUGCUUUCAAGCGUCCCAUUUCGCCAGUUGAGGCUGCUUUGUUCGGCGAAGGCGCCGGCUCCGAGUGGAUGUUUCAGUGGAGUGGUGGGGAGUUUCCGGUCAUUUUCAAGUUAUGACAAGAGCAGAAUGUGACUUUUUGUUUUUUUUAGAUAGGUUCCUUACACGGUGUAGUAGAUAUGACAAGAGAACAAGAGAACCAUCAAAAAUCCAAUCUUCAAAGUUAAGCUUUACUCUUUUAAGUAAUAUCAAGCACCACGUCUCCCUUGCUUCCCUCUCUAAUCCCCGGCGACGGCUACAACCACUUCCAGUGCCACCAGUUUCCCGCUCACGCUCACUGGUCCCUGGCUGAAGAUGGUCUCCUUACCAUCUUCUGGGAAAAAUUCGGCACUUACGAAAUGCGCGUCGACCCGGUGAAUAGACUGAUGGAAGGUUCAGCUAAGGGGGAACCGGAGAACUGGCGCAAGGCUCGCUUCACUGGGAAUCUGCCGUUCACAGGUCAAACCGACAUCGUGGAAUGUGCGCAUCAUCAUUAAAGUCAGUUGUACGGGUUAUAACUGAGCUUGUUCUUCCAGUCAUUUUCCACAGGUGGCGGUAUCAUGAUGAAUUAAGUCGAACUUUCCGAACUGUUUUCUACUCGAAGAAUGAUGGUCGAAACUUCAGUAUUUUUAUUGAUAAGACCGCUCAAGGUUGAAUAAAUUUAGCUGUACGAAGACGCAUAUUGUACAACACGUAUAGGCUGAAAAUAUUGGUUUCUCUCUUCGAGAGUACGUAUCGAGUUUUUAAGUACUGACCAUAUUUAAAGUCCUCUACCUGAUGUUUCCUCAUACUGACAACUACAUCUCUCUUGUAUCUAGUAUACGUGAUAAGAAGAUGUCUUGUUUGUCUAGCGACACAAAUUCAUGUUCUGAGUGGUUUAACAUGGGAAACAAGUACGACUUUGAGUCAGUACCCCCCAACGACCUUUUGAGUGGCCCCAAUCAAAAAUGAACUGAAAUUCUCCUAUCUAAAAACAAUUAUACGACAGCAGUUCCUUGCGCGGAGCGUGCCAUGCUAGACAAGUUUUUUUUGUUUACCUCCACAACAUAUACGAGGGAAUCUGCUGGAACCCUGCAUCUUCAAUGUCAAUCGAGCUGGAGCUUGUAUUAAUCAGUUGCAACAAUGGCCGUGACGUGUAUCAUUUUCGGUUGCUACAUC